AUGAUUUUGGUCGUUACAUUUUGUGCCUACAAGUACCCUCGAAAACUUGCCCAAUGUUGGCUUUCGCUUCUGGCCAACGUCUACCAAGCUCAGAGCCUCCUACCUAGCUAUCCACCGUCUACGACGACAACGACAACAACGGCGGCAGCUGCGGCAGGAACGGUAACGACAACUGCCGCAACAACAGAGUUGGGCGAUGUGGAUAAGGCAAACACCUUUUCACUCCCUACCACCCAAUCACCUGUUCUGCUUCAUUCCUCACCCUUCAGUACUACUACUCCCCCAGAUUUGGAGCGUCUAGCUCUGAGGCAGGAGCUGGAGGAGACACGAUGCAAAUUGAAUGCUGUAAGUAAUUUGGCCCUAUACGCUUUUUCUGUUCCUCGGACUAACUUCUAG